GAUUAAAAAAUAGUAGCUAGUCUAUGAAUUUGUACAGUUUAAUAAUUGUUAAUAUAAUGCAAGUUUUCUUUGUUCAUGGUGCUAAGAUUCUACCAAGAUUACAAACAUGGAGUUGCAGUGUUCAAUCAAGAACAAUGUUACUGAAUUAAUUGGAAACACUCCCAUGGUUUAUCUUAACAAAGUUGUGGAAGGUUGUGUUGCUCAGAUUGCUGCCAAGUUGGAGUCAAUGGAACCUUGCUCAAGUGUCAAAGAUAGGAUAGCAUUGAGUAUGAUCGAGGAUGCUGAGGAUAAGGGUCUGAUUACACCAGGGAAGACUGUUCUUGUCGAGACUACAAGUGGGAACACAGGAAUCGGGUUGGCCUUCAUUGCAGCGCUUAAAGGUUACAGGCUAGUUUUAGCAAUGCCAGCUUCAAUGAGCCUCGAGAGAAGAAUUUUGCUUCUCGCUUUUGGAGCUGAGCUGCAUAUCACAGAUCCUGCCAAGGGGUUUAAUGGUAGUCAUAAAAAAGCCGAGGAGUUAGAGAAGGAGAUACCUGAUGCUUUUAUGAUUCGUCAAUUUGAAAAUCCUGCAAACCCGAAGAUUCACUAUGAAACUACUGGCCCUGAGAUAUGGAGAGACUCUGGCGGGAAAGUUGACGCCCUUGUAGCAGGUAUAGGAACUGGUGGUACAAUAACAGGUGCAGGGAAGUUCCUCAAGGAGAGAAACCCGGAAAUCAAGGUCUAUGGAGUGGAACCUGUUGAAAGUGCAGUAUUGAGUGGAGGACAGCCAGGCAUGCAUCUGAUUCAGGGAAUUGGUGCUGGCAUUGUUCCUGAAGUGCUGGAUGUUAAUCUACUUGAUGAAAUUAUUCAGGUCACAAGUGAAGAAGCUAUAGAAACUGCUAAACAAUUAGCACUAAGAGAAGGUUUGCUGGUUGGGAUUUCGUCUGGAGCAGCAGCCGCAGCAGCAAUAAAACUGGGAAAGAGGCCAGAAAACACCGGCAAACUCAUCGCGGUGGUGUUCCCUAGUUUUGGUGAGCGUUACCUUUCUUCUCAGUUGUUUGAGUCUUAUAGACAUGAGGCAGAGAAGAUGACAUUUGAUUAGGGGAAACUGUUAUUAUAAUAAAUACAAAACAAAAAAAAAGAUGCUUAAAUGCAAGGUAUCUUGAAAAAGGAAUGUGCUCCUUCUUUGUAUUGACUCUUGAAAAGAAGUCAGAAUCUUUAAGAAUAUCCAUUUCAGAAUUCCUUUUGGGAA